AUGCUAAGCCUCCUUUUGACCUAUUUAAUCAACCCACUGGCCUAUAUCGUCCCUAUCCUCCUAGCGGUAGCCUUCUUAACACUCAUCGAACGAAAAGUCCUAGGGUAUAUGCAACUACGAAAGGGGCCAAACGUAGUCGGACCGUUUGGACUACUUCAACCCAUCGCAGACGGGGUAAAACUCUUCAUUAAAGAACCAGUUCGCCCCUCCACAUCAUCGCCCUUCCUAUUCCUAGCCACUCCAAUACUAGCCCUUACCCUUGCUCUCAUGCUAUGGGCCCCAAUACCGAUUCCAUAUCCAGUCAUUGAUCUAAACCUAGGAAUCCUAUUUAUUCUCGCCUUAUCAAGCCUAGCAGUCUACUCCAUUCUCGGCUCAGGCUGAGCAUCAAAUUCAAAAUACGCUCUAAUUGGAGCCCUCCGGGCCGUAGCUCAAACCAUCUCAUACGAAGUAAGUCUUGGAUUGAUUCUUUUAGCCACCAUUGUAUUUACAGGAGGCUUUACCCUACAAAUGUUUAACACCACCCAAGAAUCUAUCUGACUAAUUAUCCCAGCAUGACCACUCGCCGCCAUAUGAUACAUUUCCACCCUGGCAGAGACAAACCGAGCCCCUUUUGAUCUCACAGAAGGAGAGUCCGAAUUAGUCUCCGGCUUCAACGUAGAAUAUGCAGGAGGACCAUUCGCCCUAUUCUUCCUAGCAGAGUACGCCAACAUCCUCCUUAUAAACACCCUCUCAACCAUUCUAUUUCUCGGUGCAUCCCAUAUUCCCAUAAUUCCAGAAUUAACAGCAAUCAAUCUAAUAACGAAGGCAGCCCUUCUAUCUAUCGUCUUCCUAUGAGUACGGGCUUCGUACCCCCGAUUUCGCUAUGACCAACUCAUGCACCUAGUAUGAAAAAGUUUUCUCCCCAUAACCCUUGCACUGGUCUUAUGACACUCCGCCCUCCCAAUUGCAUUAGCAGGACUUCCACCACAACUAUAG